UCGGGGAAAGCCAUGCCCUGCCGGCGUCGCUCCCAGGCAUCCAGUGAGACCCCACGAGAAGACCUCUUCUACCAAACCUACUACAGCUUGAGUCAACAGUACCCGUUGAUCCUCCUCUUGCUGGUUAUUGUCUUGGGCAUUUGCAUAGCUCUCAUCGCCACAUCUUUUGCCAGUGGCAGGGAAUUCUCCUCCAACUUGGGCUUCCUGAUUACGCUCUUUGCCGCUCUGGCUGUUUUUGGCCUCAUCCUGGUCCUUGUGUGCAUCGAGAGCAUCUUUCAGCAAUGCACUCGCAUCUUCUCGGCUGUCAUCUGGAUCUGCCUUAUUACCAUGGGCUACGUCUUUGUCUUCACUGGAGGGGUGGUUAGGGCCUGGGACCAGGUCUCCUUCUUCCUCUUCAUCAUCUUCACCGUCUACACCAUGUUGCCCAUCCGGAUGCAAGACGCGGUGGGUGCUGGCUUGGCCUCCUCCCUCUCCCAUGUCAUCAUCCUGGGGGUCUACCUCUCCAACGAGUGCAGCUCAUGGGCGGAGCUGACCUUGCAGCUCUUGGCCAACCUUGUCAUCUUUGUCUGCGGGAACUUGGUGGGGGCCUACCACAAGCACUUGAUGGAGGUGGCCCUGCAAGAGACCUUCCACGAGACCUUCAACCUUAUUCAGUCUCGGGUCAAGCUGGAGUCUGAGAAGCGGCACCAGGAACACCUCCUCCUAUCCAUCCUUCCGGCCUACAUAGCCUUGGAGAUGAAGGCGGAGAUCAUAGAGAGGCUGCGGGACGGUGGCCAGGCACAGCAGAGGCACGAGAGCACCAACAACUUCCACAAUCUCUACGUGAAACAGCACAAGAACGUCAGCAUCCUGUACGCGGACAUUGUUGGGUUCACGCUCUUGGCCAGCGAGUGCUCCCCGAAAGAACUUGUCUUGAUGCUCAACGAACUUUUUGGGAAAUUCGACCAGAUCGCCAAGGACAACGAGUGCAUGCGGAUCAAGAUCUUGGGUGACUGCUACUACUGCGUCUCUGGGCUGCCUGUUUCUCUUCCCAACCAUGCCCGGAACUGCGUCAAGAUGGGGCUCGAUAUGUGCCAAGCCAUCAGGAAGUUGCGUGAUGCCACUGGUGUGGAUAUCAACAUGAGGGUUGGGGUCCACUCGGGAAAUGUCCUGUGUGGGGUGAUCGGACUCCAGAAGUGGCAGUAUGAUGUCUGGUCAGACGACGUGACGUUAGCCAAUCACAUGGAAGCCGGAGGCGUGCCAGGGCGAGUGCAUAUCACAGAGGCCACCUUAUCACACCUGGAUGGGGUGUACGCGGUCGAGGAAAUUUGUUGCUGGCACCGUGAUCCGUACCUGAAGGAGAACAAGAUCAGAACCUUCUUGGUCAUAGAUCCAAGGGCAGAAGAAGAAAGCACCAACGACACACUCUCACCUGUCUCAGGUGAGGGCUACAAAAUGAGGGCGUCCGUCCGGAUGACUCGCUACCUGGAGUCUUGGGGAGCGGCCAAACCCUUUGCCAACCUCAAACAUCUGGACAACCCACCAGAGUCAGCAGGAUCAGUCAGGAACAACCACUCGGAACUCUCUCUGGGGUCUUUGAACCAGCAGAAGACCUUGGAAAGGGGUCGUGCCCCCAGAAGUCCAGAUGAAGACCUGGAAGGCGUAGACGAGAAGUUCUUCCAACUGAUUGAACAACUGAAUUCACAGAAGCAGUGGAAGAAAUCUGAAGAUUUGAACCGCAUCACCUUGUACUUCAAGGAGAGAUCCCUCGAGAAGGAGUACCGACUAUCAGCACUUCCAUCUUUCAACUACUACACGGCUUGCACCUUCCUGGUUUUUGUUUCCAACUUUCUCAUCCAGAUCCUCGUGGCUCACAAGACCGUUGCGUUGGGGGUCUCCUACGGAAUUUCCUUCUUCCUCUUCAUCCUCCUCCUCCUCACCUGCUUUGCUGGACACCUGGCAAAGUGCUUCCUGAAGGGUCCAAAGGCCCUGUACUGGGUCCCGUCCAUCUCUGCUACAGUCUGCACCCAGCCGUGGCUCCGCGUCUCCCUGGGGAUCAUCACUAUCCUUGUCGUCCUCACCAUGGCGGUGCUGAAUUUGUUCUUCAUGCCAGAUCCCUGGUGCUCUUUGCCACUUCAAAAUCCUGCCAUGGCGGGCACGAACGUCACGCGAGAGCUCGUUCCAAUGAACUCCCUCUUCAGUGUGCCAUAUUACAUAUACUGCUGCAUCCUGGGAUUCCUCUCGUGCUCUCUCUUCCUGCACAUGAACUUUGAGCUCAAGCUGACGAUGCUGACGCUCUGUCUGGUGGUCUACAACGUGCUGUUCCUUCACACCCAUUCGUGGCUCUCCGACUGCUUCGUCUCACGCCUCUACCCUAACCAGACGGCUCUCAGGCCUGGAGUGCUGAAAGAGCCCAAGAUGAUGGGAGCCAUCUCUUUCUUUGUCUUCUUCUUCACGCUUUUGGCUUUAGCCAGGCAGAAUGAGUAUUAUUGCCGCCUGGAUUUCCUCUGGAAAAAGAAGUUCAAGAAAGAGCGCGAGGAGAUUGAAACAAUGGAGAAUCUCAACCGCGUCUUGCUGGAGAAUGUGCUUCCGGCCCAUGUUGCUCAGCUGUUCAUUGGCCAGAACCUACGCAAUGAGGAUCUGUACCAUCAGUCUUGUGAGUGUGCCUGUGUGCUUUUCGCCUCCAUCCCUGACUUCAAAGAGUUCUACUCGGAAUCCAACGUCAACCGAGAAGGCCUGGAGUGCCUGAGACUUCUCAAUGAGAUCAUUGCUGACUUUGAUGAGCUGCUCCUGAAGCCCAAAUUUAGUGGCGUGGAGAAGAUCAAAACCAUCGGCAGCACUUACAUGGCAGCGACUGGCUUAAACAUGGCGGCUGGCCAGGACAGCCAGCAGGAUGCGGAGAGGAGCUACACCCACUUGGGAAUCAUGGUGGAGUUCGCCAUGGCUUUGGCAGCCAAGCUGGACAUCAUCAACAAGCACUCUUUCAAUAGUUUCAAGCUUCGUGUGGGGAUAAACCACGGGCCAGUUGUGGCUGGGGUGAUUGGAGCUCAGAAACCCCAAUACGAUAUAUGGGGGAACACGGUGAAUGUGGCCAGCCGGAUGGAAAGCACCGGGGUGCUGGGGAAGAUACAGGUCACAGAAGAAACAGCCAAGGCCUUGGAGACUGUGGGAUAUUCUUGUUCCCUUCGUGGGAUUAUAAAGGUGAAGGGCAAAGGUCAAUUAAGAACCUACUUUGUCUGUACAGAGACUGCUCGUUCUGGCCCGCAAGCUCCUCUGCUGAGCUGA